GCAGUUGUAAGACAGGUGCCCUCGGUUCAUUGUCAGUGAGGGGCGCUUCCCUGUAUGAGCGCGGUCCGGAGCAAGUGGAUUUUGUCAUUUUCCGUCUGUGAUUUCUUUUUUUGUUUUUUCGUAUACCGUCAUUCAGGGGCUGGAUGGCGUGGGACAGGUGUAAUCAGGAUUCGGUGUGGAGAGAACUAGAGUGUGCUGCCUUGGUUGGUGAAGACCAACCCCUUUGCCCUGACCUGCCUGAGCUUGAUCUUUCUGAGCUGGAUGUCAGUGACCUCGAUGCAGAUAGCUUCCUGGGUGGACUCAAGUGGUACAGCGACCAAUCAGAAAUCAUUUCCAGUCAGUAUGGCAAUGAAGUGUCAAACUUCUUUGAGAAGAUAGAUGAGGAAAAUGAGGCCAACUUGCUGGCGGUGCUCACAGAAACCCUGGACAGCAUCCCAGUGGAUGAGGACGGGUUGCCUUCGUUUGAGGCCCUGGCAGAUGGGGACGUGACCAAUGCCAGUGAUCAGAGCUGUCCUUCCACCCCCGACGGCUCGCCACGCACGCCAGAGCCAGAGGAGCCCUCCCUGCUGAAGAAGCUCCUCCUGGCUCCUGCUAACUCCCAGCUCAGCUAUAAUCAAUACCCAGGUGGCAAAGCACAGAACCAUGCAGCCAGCAACCAACGGAUCAGACCAACACCUGCUGUUGCCAAGACAGAAAAUCCCUGGAACAGCAGACCACGAGGGGCCUGUCCCAACCGGUCCGUGAGACGACCUUGCACUGAGCUACUCAAGUACCUCACCUCAAGCGACGAGGCCUUCCAGAUCAGAGCCAGGGAAGCCAAGAGCACCUGGACAGGCUGCGGCAAGGACAGGGGGGGCGCUUGCACCUUGUCCUGCUCAUCCUCCUCUUCUCCAUCUUCCUCGUCCACCUCCUCAUUCUCCUCUCUGUCGUCCUGCUCCUCCUCAGCUGUCUCCAAAAAGAAGACGUCUUCUGCCUCCCUGUCUUCACAGCAGCAGCUGGCAGUUCAGGCCCAGCGAGGUGAGAGCCAGGCGCCUGGAGCGUGUAGUGUGGCUGGUGAGGGGGCAGGGAAGUGGCGGCGGUGUUCUCGCGGGGAGCGAUCCGCCCCGGUGGCGCCGUCGUCCCGCGGAGGCGGCUGCGGCCACUCGUGCUCCGGCGAAGAGGGGCCAGACGCUGACAAAGGCAGCUCAGCUGCCGCCCGCUUUAUUAGGUACAUGCACUCUUACUCUCAGCCGCCUAGAGAGAUGGGUCACGCAGGCAGCUGUGGUCGUUGCCUCGAGGCGGGCGGCUUGGCUGAGGCUGGCCGCACUAAUAGGCACAUCACGGUGACCAUUAGGAAACGGAGGCAAGCGCUAGAGCACCCCAUGCUCAGUCAGAUGCUCUCCUCCAGACCCAGGCCGGCCCGUUACCGGGCCCACCUGCAGUCGCCCUAUGCCCCCCAGAAUAAAAGACAAGCUCAACCCAACGUGGGUUGCAGUGGACGCUUAGAUCGGCACAAAAAGACACACAAUCAAACGUUUAGCUUAGCUGACCAGAGCGAUCUCGAGUGUGGCAAUUUAAACUUAGAGAGCUGUUGGUUAAGCAAGCCAGAGCAGGUGAGUGCCAGCUUGCAUGAUCUGGUGGGCCAAGGUGGGGAGGAUGUUUUUGAUGAUGUCAUAGGCAGCCCCCUGUCAUUCUCACAGGGCCUGCCAAGCCCCUUGUUCGCAGACUCUUUAGUUCCAGACCACACCCCCUUCAUCUCACAAGGGCAGCGCCCAAAUACACAAGCACUCUGCAGGCUCCCCGAUGACCAAGCCCCUCCAGUGUUAGCCAAACCAACCAACUUGCCACUUCCUUUGACCCCAGAAUCUCCAAAUGACCACAAGGGAUCUCCGUUUGAGAACAAAACCGUUGAACGUACAUUGAGUGUGGAGAUCUCUGGAACCCCAGGUCUGACACCACCUACCACGCCUCCUCACAAAGCCAGUCAAGAGAACCCUUUCAAAGUAUCACUCAAAAACAAGCUGUCUUCAUGCUCCUCCUCGGCCCUGUCAAGCAAAAGGCCCAGGCUGAGCAAUGGGGGCUCUUGCCCUCAGCCAACCAGCGGCUCUAUUCGGAAGGGCCAAGAGCAGACAGAGCUCUACGCCCAGCUGAGCAAGGCAUCCUCCACAAUGCCCCCAGGGGGCUCGGAAGAACGUCGGGGCAAGCGGCCCACGCCCCGUGUCUUUGGCGAUCACGACUAUUGCCAGUCUAAAAGCACAAAAAGAGACAGCACCACCACCACAGCUGCAGCGGUUACCGGGCCAAUGGAGGGCCGGCAUGCAGAAUGUAAAGACUCAAACAUGCCAACUUCCACUACUUCUACAUCAUCUUUGUCUUCCGCCAACCCCUUGUCUUCCUCUCUGGCCAGGCAGCUUCAGGUCCUUUCCCCCACAGCUCAGGAGGCUUGUCCGUCAAUGGAUGCUCACGGACAGGACCACAACCCCACUUCGGGCUCAAAAAGUUCAGUGGAUCGCAAUUCUGCUGGCAGGAAACUACUAAGGGACCAGGAGAUCCGGGAAGAGCUUAACAAGCACUUUGGAAACCCUCAGCAAGCCGUAUUUAAUGAGAAGGAGGGAGAGCAGAGGGAAACCCAGCCGGUAGAGGACAGCGAUUCUGGAGACGAGAACUCUGGCCUCCUCUGGGACUACAUGCAUCCGAGUCUGCCUGUCUUCGAGGACCUGGAGGCAGGCCGGGAACGCCUGCUCUGCUUGGGGGAAGGUUUUCCACUCGAGUUGCUCCUUGAAGGAUCUCCCUCGAGCUCCCCUUCCAGCAGUUCUUUCUCGUGGAGCUCCGUUUCACCUCCUUCCUCUCAGCUCUCCCCACAACACCACCGCUGCCCACGCUCCAUCUCUCGUAACAGAUCCCGUUCCUCAACUCACCACAGACGCAGAUCCCUCUCCAGGUCUCCAUACUCCCGCAGCGAGUCUCCCGACAGCCGUUCUCCCUCUUGGUCUCCUGAAAAUAUGGUUGAUAGCACUUUUAUUCCCAGGAUUUAUAAAAGCCUUCGAUCCCAAUCUAAUUCAAUUUUUGGUCGCAGGCCCCGAUAUGACAGCUACGAGGAAUACCAGCACGAGCGUCUGAAGAGGGAAGAGUACAGACGGGAUUAUGAGAAACGGGAAUACGAGAGGGCUGAGCAGAGGGAGACACAACGGCAGAAAGCACUAGAGGAGAGGCGAGUGGUGUAUGUGGGACGUCUUCGUGCCAACAGCACACGCACAGAGCUCAAACGUCGCUUUGAAGUUUUCGGCGAGAUUGAGGAGUGCACAGUCAACUUGAGACAUGAUGGGGACAACUUUGGCUUCAUCACCUACCGCUACACUUGUGACGCGCUCGCUGCUCUUGAAAACGGACAUACCUUGCGCAGGUCGAACGAGCCUCACUUUGAGCUCUGCCUUGGUGGACAAAAGCAAUUCUGUAAAUCAAAUUACACAGAUUUAGAUUCCCAUUCUGACGACUUUGAUCCAGCCUCCACUAAAAGCAAGUACGACUCGAUGGAUUUUGACAGCUUGUUGCGCGAGGCCCAAUACAGCCUGAGAAGGUAAUGAGCACCGGCUGGCUUGAGAGAGAGGAAUUGCAAUACCUCACUGUUCUUUCUGUUCUUUCAAUACAAGACUACCAGACCUUUUACACUUUAAGUGAGAAGAUUAUAUGUGGACGAAAAAGUUCUACGUAUAUAAAGGGAUAUAUAUGUAUAGAUGUAUAUGAACACCUGCAAAGCAAAGUUUACAUGAAUCUAGCUGCUGCGAAGCUAAGGAGAGACAUGGCCCGUGGAGUAGUGUAGUGGACACUGUUUUAGUGAACUACACAAGUCUGUGUGCGUUUGUGCACUGUCCCGCUGCACGAGGCUCUGAGAGACACACAAAUCUUCAUCAGAGUUUUCUCCACACUUCACCCUCGGCACUUUGACAGGUGGGGAAGCGCAGCUUGUUCAAUCUGUUUUUAUUGUUUGGAGUUUAUUUUUGUGGGCUGUUUCUUUUUUAAUCCGGUGUUUGGAUGUGGUGUUACAUUAUGGAGGGUUUGGGGAAAUGGAUGGGAUGGUAACACCGUCUACAUUUACAGAGGGGAAGAAAUGUAAAAGAAAUAUUUUUAUUUGAUGUGCAUAUCAGCGUUCUUUGUUUGUUACAGCUAUGCACUGUAAAACGCAGCCUUUUUAAGACGAAAUUUUCUAGAAUGUCGAUCUGUAGUCAUUGCAAUGAUGUAUAACCUACAUGGUGUGAUCUGAUUGUAAUGUGGAGAUCCGUUGCUCUUAUGGGGGAGCAUGCGACAAACCUUGUCUCCGUUUUUCUUUUGGGUUGUUUUUCUUUGAUUUCAUUUUUGUAAGGAUUUAUUUUAUUCAAGAACUCCAUGUGCAGUUUCAUCUGAUUUUGAAGUUCACGUCGAAGUGUUUUCCUUAUACAUGCUGUGUAUGAUAGAUUUUCAUGGGUUUAUGUUCACACUUGUAUAAAAAAUAUAUAUAUAAGCCCCGAGAUAUUUUUUGUCGGAAGGAAUCAAUAGCUUUUAUUUGAUUUCUCUUGUGCACAAUAAUCAUUGUUAUUGUUCCUGUUUGAUAAUACACUUUCACAAAGAGAUGAUUAUGAAUCUAACACAGAAUAAUGACUCUUGCUUAUUUAUGUAUUUAUCUCAGUAUUUUAAUCAAAAUAUUUAUGGCUGCCAUUUCACGUGAUGCGCCUUACAAAUUUUGCUAUUUAUAUUAUUUGUUAUUCAGCCAACACUGGAAAGGAUGUAAAAUAAAAUGGAAAUACGGUUUUUAUAUGCCUUCAGAGAACAAAAUAUUGUAUGAUCACUAUUUUAGACCAUUAUGAACUUUGCUGCUCCAAUCGCAAGUGAUUUAUUUGUCCAGUUGUUUUCUAACUCUAAAACUCGUUCACCCCCUUUUUCAUCUCUUUUUUUAUUACAUAAAGCAAUAAAAUAAUUUUGCAGGUAUUUUGUUGUACCGCAUAGAAUCUGUGUCUUUGCGCCACACUCUUGAUUAUGUGAAUGCCAAACUAAAGUUUACAAUUUUCUUUCCUGAAUUUUUUUAAAAAGAAGGGAAAAAUGUAAUUGAUGUACAAUGAUAUAUAUAUAUAUAUAUAUAUAUAUACAUUUGUAUAUAUAUGAUGAUACUAAUCUUGUCAUUACUCAUAAUAACUCAAAACAAUGAAAAGUAAUAAUGAAAUAUGAAAAUGUGAAUAAAAAAGCAAUAAAUUAUUUUUCAAAGCUGUAUUUUAGCUUAUGUUGUGGUUUAGUGUCAGACAUGACAAAUUACCCAGACUCUGUUCACAUAUGGGACAUGUUGUGAGUGUGUGUAUGCUGUAUAUUAUUUAAAAAUGCAAUACAAGCCGUUGGCUUAAAAAGCCAAAAAUUGCACAGCGGUACAGUUCUGCUACCAGUAAAAUCAUCUUAGUUUCUGCAAAUAGCUCAACCACAACACUAAAGUCUGUCUUGGUGUAGUCUGAAAAUACCUCGGAGGAACUCUUAAUAAUUCAUAUUGCCCAAACACAGCGGUACCCUGUCACACACACUUAAGGUAAUCUUGCAGUUCUGAUCAAUAAAAGGCAGUUUUUGUUGUUGAUUUGUUUUUGAAUGAGCGACCUUAAUAGAGCCAGACGUCCUUUAUAUCAAACGCAAAAGAUCAGAGAACAUCUUUCACAAGCAGUUACUCUGUAGAUGAGACAAUAACGUUUUGUACUUGUGUUUGUAUUUCUGCACAGAGCUUGGGUAUGGAGUCAUGUCUCGUUUCAUAUAUGUGGCUUUAAUCGUUGCAACUUGCGUUGCAAAUCUGCUUUGUAAAUUGCUGAAGUAGCAAUAUGUUACGACACCUGAUCGGGUGGAUCUUUUUGGAGUGGCAGACUUUUUACCAUAGUAAAAAUUACUGGAUUUGCCACUGCGUUGAACAGUUUUUGUGUUUCCAUAAAGAACAGGAUCUAUAUUACUGAGGCUGUGUGUGUUUUUGUGUGUGGACUUGAUAGAGUGUGUGUGUAUCUUGAGUCAAGGGGACUGUGUUUGCCUGUUAUUUUCUAUCUGUCUCCUAUCCUUGUUGCCUUCUGCUGAGUCCUAACCAAUGCCUUUGUAGUUGUACGUAUUGUACAAUCUUUGUUGUGAAUUUUAUUUUUAUGUGUUUUCAUCAGCCUCGCCAUGCCAAUAAAGGGAAAUG